GGCCGGGACCCCCGACCGGCGGGGCAGUGGCCGAGAUCCCCUGCCGGCGGGGCAGUGGCCGAGAGCUGGAUCGGAAGAGGAACUACUGGGAUGUGAACCGGUGCCCAUAUGGAUGCCUGCGCCGCAGCACCAGCCCCAAGGCUGAUUUUGAAAGUCUGAGAGAAGGGCUGGCGCUGUGGCAUAGUAGGUAAAGCUGCCAUCCGCAGUGCUGGCAUCUCAUUUGGGUGCUGAUUCUAGUCCGGGCCGCUCCACUUCCAGUCCAGCUCUCUGCUAUGACUUGGGAAGGCAGUGGAGGAUGGCCCAAGUGCUUGGGCCCCUGCACCCGCGUGGGGGACCUGGAGGAAGCCCCUGGCUCCUGGCUUCAGAUUGGUAUAGCUGCGACCAUUUGGGGAGUGAACCAGCAGAUGGAAGACCUCUCUCUGCCUCUAACUCUGCUUUUCAAAUAAGUAAAUCUUUUUAAAAAAGAGAAUUGCUUUGGGUUUUGGAGAUGGCUUUGUAAUUUUUAACUACAUGACCAUGCAAGUUAUUUAGACUUUGUAAACAUCAUUUAUGACUUUUAUAUUUUUUAAGGUUUAUUUAUUUAUUUGAAGGGAGAAAGAGAUCUUCCAUUCACUGGUUCACUCCUCAAAUGGCCACAGUGGCUAGAACUGGACCAGGCUGAAGCCUGGAGCCAGUAGUUUCAUCUGGGUCUCCUACAUGGGUGGCAAGGCCCAAGCACUUGGGCAUCCUCUGCUGCCUUCCUAGUUUGUCAGCAGGUAGCUGGAUCGGAAGUGGAGCAGCCGGGACAGGAACUGGUGCUCACAUGGGAUUCCAGUGACGCCGGUGGCAGCCUUACCCACUACACCACGAAGGCAUGUGGCCAUAUGACUUUAAAAUGAUUAUUGUUGUAUUUUCCUCAUGUAACUUUCUAUUAAGAUAAAAUGGAGUAAUGUGUAUAAGAUAACUACCACUUGUAAGUACCAAAAAAUUGUUAAUCCCCUCUUUCAAGACAGUAAGACUUAAAACUAUAACCAGCCUGUCACUUUUGCCAUUUGUGUGACUAACCGCAUUACAAUGAAUAUGUAUGACUGUCAGUUGCUAAUAGGCCCAAGUCAAGUUUGUUUUCUUAUACAGUCACAAUUUAUAUUUACUAGCUCCUUGUUUCCAUAUCUCACUUAAUUUUCAUGGUAUCUCCUGUAAAAAGAAAUGGACAUCACCUUUCUUUUACAGAUUUAAAAAACAAGACUCAUUGUGGUUAAUUUGUCCUAAAGCACCCACAGAGUUAGUGGAGUUAAAAAUCAGAGCUUAGGGACCAGAGCUUACGUAAGAUAGAGUCGAGAGCGACCCAAAACCCUCCAUUCUGGCUGCCAUUACUCUACACCUAGGAUGGUUUUCUGCGUGUCUUGGGAACCCAAGCAAUCUCUUCCUGGGGCCGGCGCUGUGGUGCAGCAGGUUAAAGCCCUGGCCUGAAGCGCCAGCAUCCCAUAUGGGCACCGGUUCUAGUCCUGGCUGCUCCUCUUCUGAUCCAGCUCUCUGCUGUGGCCUGGGAAAGCAGUAGAAGAUGGCCCAAGUCCUUGGGCCCCUGCACCCACGUGGGAGACCUGGAAGAAACUCCUGGCUCCUGGCUACGGAUCGGUGCAGCUCCAGCCAUUGUGGCCAGCUGGGGUGUGCACCAGCAGAUGGAAGUCCUCUCUCUCUGUCUCUACCUCUCUGUAACUGCCUUCAAAUAAAUAAAAUAAAUCUUUAAAAAAAAAAAACCCUCUUCCUGUGUCUCCCGCCUCCUGCUCAGGUGGUGCUUUACUGUGAACUGGCUGUGGUCCGGUGGCCCCUGUGUUCCUUCCUAAACAGAGGUAUCCUGUUCUGGUCACUGGUGUGACUAAAGUAUCCCGGAAACUGGGUACUGAAAAUUCAGUGAUAUGCCAAAUAGAGCAAAAAUAAAUAAAUCUCUGUUCUAAUGGAAUUUACAUACUGAAUGGGGAAGUUUGGGCAAUAAAUGAGUGAAUUUUUUUAGUUAAUGUUGGGAACAAAAAGUACUUUGGAAAACAGAACAGGGAAGAGGAGCCUGGAAUGCCAGGGCAUGGCAUUUGUUCUUCCCACAAUACACUAUCCAUGUGAGGAACUGAUAGGGUGAAGGGGGUGGGAAUGAGCCACUACAUAUGGGAAAGUGGGGAGGGAGUGUUUCAGGCAGAGAGAAGCCCAAACUUCCAAGGCAGGAAGGCGCUUGGUAUCUUUCAGGAGCAGUCAUGAAGCCAGUACACCUGGAGCAGAGCGAGCAGGGGGUGAGGGAUGAGAAAAGUAAUAAUGGACCAAUCCUGGGUGGCCUUUUUUCUUUUUUAAAAUUAUUAUAUGUCUUAAGGACUUUGGGCUUUUAUUGUGAGUGAAAUUCAAAGCCAUUUGGGGAUUCUAAGCAGAGGAAACACACAAUUUGACUUACGUUCUUGAAGGACCGUUCUGGCUUCGGAGUGAGAGCAGACCACACAGGAAAGCAAAGAUGGAAGCUGUUAGAAGCUAGGCGGGAGACGGUGUUGGCUGGGCAGAGCUAGUGCUGGUGGAGGUCAUGAGCAGUGACAGGAAAGCAAGAGUGGAAGCUGUUAGAAGCUAGGCGGGAGACAGUGUUGGCUGGGCAGAGCUAGUACUGGUGGAGGUCAUGAGCAGUGGUUGGGUUCUGCAUGUGAUGCUGAGGCUGGAGUCGGUAGGAUCUGCUGAUGUAUGGGUUGUGGUUUGUGAAACAGAGGUCAGGAAGUUGUCAGGGGCUUUGUCCUGCGUCAGCGGAAGGAUGAAGCUGAUUGGUUUCAUUUUCAUCAGCCUUUGAGCAUUGGAACCUCUGAACAUUGAAUUUGCAGGUUCCUACAAGUGUUGGGGCUUGCUGUUUAUGAGCCAGCUUUUCAUUAGCUAGAAUACCUGAGAAGAGCCAUGUAGGAAAGAAGGUUUACUUUGGCUUAUAGUUUGGGGGUUCAUAGUCCCAUUGAAACUUUUGUUUAUUAAUAUUUCUGAAAUUAAUAAGCUGUGUGGGCUCCUGCCACGUAUUCAGAGAAGAAUUCUGAAUACUGGCUCAAAUAGACCAGGCAGCAUGGUAAGUUUUAAGGUGUGAGAAAUACAUAGAAUGAGGGCUCUCUCUAAGGGAGAAAGAAAAGUCUAGAAAUUAAGUUGGGAUACAUACCAGGCAGAGAGUUUGAGCAGCCACAAGCAGCUUAUCCCGGGUAGCGAAGCAAAGGCAGAGAGCAGGUGGCCUGAAAGCCACAUGUCCUGAAGGCACGGGCAGCAAGGGCAACAAACAGCAAUAAUGGCAAAAAGGGGACAGGCCCACAAGUUCCAGGCCUUUUAUCCACUUCCAAAGGGGAGUGGUUACGUGGCCUGAUUGGCAGGUGGGGUCAGGUAGGGGCAUGAGAUCACACAUAGGGCAUGGUGAAGGCAUGGUCUUCCAGCUCACAAAUCUAAUCAGUUUUAUCCUAUCUGCCUGCCUAUCUCACCAUUGGUCUGGCGUCUGACAGGGAUGGUGGAUGGAAGAAUGUGUGCUGAGGGAGAAAGAGCUGGUGAGCCAGGAAGCAGAGAGAUGGGAAACAAAGUCACUUUGCUUCCAGAGAGCUACCUUCCAAGUGCUGGUGCCUGCCUGGUGACUGAAGCACCUCCCACUGGGCCCACCUGCCGGGUACCCCAGUUAAAUCAAGCCUCCACCCUUAACCCAACAAUCAUUAGCAUUAAUCCAUUAGCUCUUAGCAUAAGACUUAAGGGUUUAAACAUCUGCAUGAGUUUGGGGAGAUAAUCUUGUUUGAACCAUGAUGGGUUACACAGAGGCUGCAGAAGCACAGGCCUCCAAAGGGUGGGGGUGGUGGCCAUGAGAGCAUCAGGGGUCCAGGCCAGGCAGUCGAGGAAAGCAAGGGUAGAGAAAUUCAUUUUCCACAGUGUGAGUAACCUCAUGGAAGCACUCUGGAAAGGGUUUGUACAGAAGGUAGUGAAAAGACGAAGUUGAGACAAAAUGGAGGAACUGGGAUUAACAGGACUCAAGGCUAACCGCAUUUUUCUUGCUUCUGUAUGAGUUGGCUAAGCUUGCAAAAUAUGUGAUAUCUUUAGAGAACAGGGGAGAACGGAAUUUCCCCAACCCAUAUCCUGUUAUGACAUACCAAGGUCUUACUGCCACCCCCGCCCUGCUUGCUUAAGCUGAUAAGAAGAAACUGCCCGCGCUACCCCCAUCCCAAACCCUUACCCAGUAACCAUUAACAUAUCCAAUAGAACUUUAACACGACUAGAUAUGCUAAUGCUGUGGUUUUGAGCUUUAAAUAUCCAGUAAAGCUGAUGUUCGGGGCCGUUCUCUCUCUCUGCACCUCACUAGAGGGUGCUACUGAGACGGCCCAUUUGCAAAUGAAAUAAACUUUCCUCUUGCCUUUGCAUCGAUUGGAGUGGAGUCUGUGUUUCUGGGGUCCGGUUUGUGGGACGCCUGCUUAAGGAGUCUUACAUUUCUUGGGGGCUCGUCCAGGAUUUGAAACCCUAGAUCCACCCUCCAUCUCCCAAUCGGAGGUGAAGAGCCAGGUCUGCAAAGAAGGAAAAGAGGGGCACCCGGACCAGGUGCCCUAUAUCUUCGUGUGGGAGGACCUGGCGCAGAACCCCCCAAAAUGGGUGAAACCUUUCCUUUUCACUGGCAGAAUUCGGACAGAGUCGAGUCCCAAACCCGCCCAGCCUCCGUCCUCAAUACCCCUGUUGCCAACGCCGGCGGACCAGGAGAAACCUCCCUUAGCCAGCCCCACCUCGAAUCUUUACCCCUUGGAGGAGUUAGAUUCUUUUAAACCUAAGAAAACCCCUGUCCUUUCGGGUGGACAGGAGGAUCUUUUGCUUCUUGACACCCCACCGCCUUACGCACCCCUCCCGAGAGAACCCCUGGCACCCUCCCCAGAUUCCACGCAGAGAGAGGGAGAGGAAGAUCCCCCGGUUCGUUCGACACCCAUGAGUGCCAGGCUGCGUUUGCAUGGGGGGGGGGGGGGAGUGAGGAUGGCCAGUGGGAGGCUCAGGCUUUCCACUUCGCUCAGUGGGGGAUCAGAUGCAAUACUGGCCGUUCUCAGCCUCAGACUUGUACAAUUGGAAAACCCAUAACCCGCCUUUUUCCCAAGGCCCACAGGCUUUGACAGGAUUAAUUGAAUCUAUUCUUUUAACUCACCAACCAACUUGGGAUGACUGCCAGCAGCUUCUGCAGGCUCUCCUGACCACAGAGGAGAGACAACGAGUUCUCACGGAGGCUCGGAAAAAUGUUCCGGGGGACAACGGUCAACCCACCCAACUGCCAAACGAGAUUGACGCAGCAUUCCCGUUGACCAGACCAGAUUGGGAUUUCAGUACGGCAGCCGGUAGGGAACGACUUCGUCUCUAUCGCCAGAUUCUCCUGACAGGUCUCAGAGGGGCAGGGAGACGCCCCACCAAUUUGGCUAAGGUACGUGCCAUAACCCAGGGUAAUGAAGAAACCCCGGCGGGGUUUCUGGAGAGGUUAAUGGAGGGAUACCGGAUGUACACCCCGUUUGACCCCCAGGCCCCUGACCGACAGUCGGAUGUAAUAAUGUCUUUCAUCGGCCAAUCGGCCCCAGACAUCCGAACGUGGCUGCAAAGGCUGGAGGGCCUACAGGGCUAUACAUUACAGGACCUCCUGAAAGAAGCAGAGAGGAUUUUUAAUAAGAGAGAAACUAAGGAGGAAAAAGAGGAAAGAAUGCGUAAGGAACAGGAUCAGAGAGAUAAAAAGAAAAGUAAGGAAUUAGCUAAAAUCUUGGUCACCGCAGUAAGCAAAUCAAAUAGACAAGAUAGGUCAGGUUAUGGUAGAGGUCAGACAGGGAAAUACCCGGGAGACAAUAACAGACCACGGAUUGGACGAGACCAGUGUGUGUACUGCAAGGAGAAAGGACACUGGGCCAGGGACUGUCCAAACAAAAAUGCCACCAGAAGAAAGAAGGAGACAGACAUUCCAGUCCUUCACCUGUAAGAGGACGAUGACUAGGGGGGUCAGGGCCAGGAGCCUCCCCCUGAGCCCCGGGUAACCCUUAGAGUGGGAGGCAGGCCGGUCACGUUCCUGGUGGACACCGGAGCUCAGCACUCUGUCUUAAACAAAAAUAUUGGCCCCCUUAGCUCAAAAACCUCAUUUGUCCAGGGAGCGACUGGAGGAAAGAUGUACUGAUGGACCACAGAACGCCAGGUAGACCUAGCCACCGGCCGGGUCACCCACUCGUUUCUCCUAGUACCAGAUUGUCCAUACCCCUUACUAGGAAGAGACCUACUAUCCAAAGUGGGAGCCCAGAUCCACUUCCAGAAGGAGGGGGCCUCAGUAGCAGACCCUAGGGGACGUCCUCUACAAGUAUUGACUCUUCAAUUGGAAGAUGAACAUCGUCUAUACAACAGAAAGGGAAUAGAGGCCCCGCUAGCACCUGAGUGGCUAGAAAAAUUUCCGGGUUCCUGGGCAGAGACUGGAGGAAUAGGAUUAGCAACUCAGCAGCCACCCAUAAUAGUAAAUGUAAAGCCCACGGCUGAACCAAUAUCUGUACGGCAGUACCCUAUGACCAAGGAAGCAAAAGAUGGGAUUCGGCCCCACAUUAAGAGACUGUUGGACUUGGGAAUAUUAAAGCCUUGCCAAUCCCCCUGGAACACACCCUUACUGCCGGUACGGAAACCAGGCACCAAUGACUUCCGACCCGUGCAGGACUUACGCGAGGUGAAUCGUCGGGUUGAAGAUAUUCACCCGACAGUGCCAAAUCCGUACAACUUGCUAAGUACCUUGCCCCCAUCGUGCACUUGGUAUACGGUGUUAGAUUUGAAAGAUGCUUUCUUUUGUCUGAGGUUGAGCCCCCAGAGCCAACCCUUGUUUGCCUUCGAGUGGAAGGACCCGGAGACUGGAUUUUCAGGACAAUUGACUUGGACAAGACUUCCUCAAGGAUUUAAGAAUUCGCCCACACUAUUUGAUGAGGCCCUACAUCAUGACUUGGCAAGCUUUAGGGUGUUGGCCGAGGUCCAUGGGACCCGCGAGGACUUAACAGACCAGCCCCUGCCGGAUGCGGAACACACUUGGUAUACGGACGGCAGCAGCUUCCUCCAUCAAGGUGAGAGGAGAGCGGGGGCGGCGGUAGUCGACGGGAAGGCCGUUGUCUGGGCUUCAGCCUUGCCACCAGGCACUUCAGCACAGAAAGCUGAGUUGGUAGCGCUAACUCAGGCCCUAAAACAGACAAAAGGGAAGAGGGUGAACAUUUAUACGGACAGUCGGUACGCCUUUGCCACUGCACAUGUGCAUGGUGAAAUAUAUAAAAGAAGGGGAUUGCUGACUUCAGGAGGCAGAGAAAUCAAAAAUAAGCAGGAGAUCCUAGACCUCCUACAGGCCCUCUUCCUGCCAAAGAAGGUGAGCAUCAUGCAUUGCCCAGGCCACCAGAAAGGAGAGGACCCAGUGGCACAGGGUAACCGGAUGGCGGAUGAGGUGGCCAGGACCAGUGCCCUAAGUAGUAGCGUGUUGACCAUCGACGCUCAGGAUUCCCCUAGCCAGGAACAGGGAUGGACUUAUACAGAACAGGAUGUGGCUGCCAUACAAAAGCUAGGGGGAACAUAUGACGAAAAAAUUAGAGUUGGAAAAUACAGGACAAGACUGUGUUACCCAGAAGAGAAACUAGGAGGCUAGUGCAGGAUCUACAUAGAUGGACACAUUUGGGAUAUAAGAAACUAAAAGCCUUGCUGGACAGGGAGGAGACUUCUCAUUUUUUAUUGGGACUGGAUACAGUGGUAAAACAAACUAUAGAGGCCUGCAUCCCAUGCGCCAAGGUAAAUCCCAGAUGUUCUAAAAUACCUGAAGGAGUGCGGAUACGGGGAGCUAGGCCUGGAGUCAAUUGGAAAAUAGACUUCACCGAGGUCCGCCCAAGCAAAUAUGGAAUCAAGUACCUUCUAGUGUUCAUAGACACCUUUUCCGGUUGGCCUGAAGCAUUCCCAGUGAAGAAAGAGACGGCACAAGUCGUGGUUAAGAAGCUAUUAGAAGAAAUCUUCCCCCGGUUCGGCCUACCUAAGGUAUUGGGGUCGGACAACGGGCCCGCCUUCGUCUCCCGGGUAAGUCAGUUGGUGGCCAAGGUGCUGGGGAUUGAUUGGAAAUUGCAUUGUGCGUACAGACCCCAGAGCUCAGGCCAGGUAGAACGUAUGAACAGGACAAUUAAAGAGACCUUGACUAAAUUAAUAGUGGAGACUGGCACUAGAGACUGGGUCGAAUUGCUGCCAAUGGCUUUGUUUAGGGCCCGUAACACACCUUCUGUAUAUGGACUAACACCUUAUGAAAUAUUGUAUGGAGGCCCCCCACCUGCGGCAGAUUUGUUAGGACCCAGUAUUGACUCUUUUGCAACAUCCCCUACCUUGCAGACUCGCUUCCGUGCCUUGCAGCUGGUUCACAAGCACAUAGGGAAGCAGCUGGCUGCCGCAUAUCGGUCCAAGUGCCCCGUGCUCCCACACUCGUUCCAGAUUGGGGACGCCGUCUACGUCCGCAGGCACCAGACCAGGACUCUUGAGCCGCGCUGGAAAGGACCUUACACGGUACUGCUGACCACACCAACGGCGAUAAAGGUGGACGGGAUCGCCACUUGGAUUCACGUGUCGCAUGUCAAGAAGGCGGUAACCGAACAGAGUCAAGGGACCGACAGCCCUGCCGACGAGCCGGCGGCGCAAUGGAGACUGCAACGCACUCAAAACCCCCUCAAGAUAAGACUCUUAAAAUCUGUCUAGCCUUACUGUGCGUGACCCUGUUACCUUGUAAUUUGGCUCACAACCCACACAUGCCUCAGAACCUGACAUGGCGGGUACUAUCAGCCACAGGGGUGGAGGCAUGGAGCACGAGCACCUUAGCCCCGCUUGGCUCCUGGUGGCCUUCCCUGCACCCUGAUGUAUGCCAACUAGCUGUUGGGUUAGACACCUGGGACAUCCCCGAUUUUGAGAGUAUGAGAAGGGAAAGGGGGAUCAGGAAAUCAAAAUAGAGGGUUGGACCCCGGACCGUUGCCACAGAAUUGGGGGUUCCCGAGGGGGUGCCGAGAUGCUCACAGGCGAUGCAACCUACGGCAAACGGAGUUCUAUGUGUGCCCUAAGGAUGGUAGGACCCCGCGGCUUAGGGUCCAGUGUGGUGGGCCGGAAUCCCUGUACUGUAAAGCCUGGGGAUGUGAAACCACGGGGGCUGCGUAUUGGAAGCCCUCUUCCAGUUGGGAUUGGAUUACAGUACACCGCAACUACACCCUAAACAAACGGGAGUCCUGUACGCCCAGUAACAGUGGAGAGUGUAAGGAAAAAGGUAAAUGCAACCCCCUUAAUAUCACCUUUAUGACCAAGGGUCGUGCUCAGGACACGGUCACUGAAUGGCUAAAGGGCAGGACCUGGGGAUUGAGGUACUGUUAGUGGGUAUGAUUUCGGACUCUGGUUCACCAUAAAACUUCAAGCCAAACCGGCAAGCCCAGUCAGCGUAGGUCCAAACCAGAGACUACAGCCAGUUUUUAGACCAGUAGCCAAGUUACCAGUUAUGGCUUCCCCUACCGGGGCACCUCAAGAAAAUGAGCCGAUAGAGCCGAUAUGGAAAGACCGGGGUGGCCUAAUUUUAAUAAAAUAUUUGACCUAGUGUCAGGGGCGUUCCACGCUCUAAACAGUACCAACCCCAAUUUAACUAAGUCUUGCUGGUUAUGCAUGGCCACCAGCCCCCCUUAUUAUGAAGGGUUUGCCACGAAUGCCACCUAUAACUGGUCCAGCUCCCAUAACCCUCCUCAAAAGUGCCUCCUUAAACCCACCUUAACCUUGUCCGAGGUCUCAGGAAACGGCACUGGUGCUUGUGUAGGAAACCCACCUAAUUCCCAUCGGCACCUUUGUGCCACAACAAAUGGAACCAAACUCGGCCCAAACCAAUACUUAGUACUGCCUGACGGGUUGUGGUGGGCAUGUGCUCAGGGACUCACCCCUUGUGUAUCAACCCAUGUUCUAAGCCAGACCAACGAUUUCUGUGUCGCGGUUCGGGUGCUCCCUAAGGUGAGAUACCACCCCCCUGGAGAAAUAGAAGACCACCUAGACCCUACCCUGACUCGGCAUCGCUGGGAGGUGGCUCUACAAAAUAGGAGAGGCUUAGACCUGUUGUUCAUGAAGGAAGGGGGCUUGUGUGCAGCUUUAGGGGAAGAGUGCUGCUUUUACGUUGACCAUUAAGGAGUAGUUAAGGACACCAUGAGAAAACUAGAGGAAAGGCUCAACCAGAGGAGAAGGGAACGGGACGCAGCCCAAGGAUGGUUUGAAGGAUGGUACAACAAGUCCCCGUGGCUGACUACUUUACUCUCCACUAUUGCAGGCCCCUUAAUCAUACUUCUGAUAAUCCUGACUUUUGGGCCCUGCAUUCUCAACAGGCUCCUGCAAUUCAUCCGAGAUAGAUUGUCCUUUACUCAAGCCCUAAUUUUAACCCAACAGUACCAGAGCCUAAAGACAGAAGAUUCGACAGAGACAGGUUAUAAAACUACGAGUGUCCCCUAAAAUUUUAAGAUUAAAAUUGGCCAAAAACAAGAGGAGGGAAUGAAAAAACGAAGUUGAGACAAAAUGGAGGAACUGGGAUUAACAGGACUCAAGGCUAACCGCAUUUUUCUUGCUUCUGUAUGAGUUGGCUAAGCUUGCAAAAUAUGUGAUAUCUUUAGAGAACAGGGGAGAACAGAAUUUCCCCAACCCAUAUCCUGUUAUGACAUACCAAGGUCUUACUGCCACCCCCGCCCUGCUUGCUUAAGCUGAUAAGAAGAAACUGCCCGCGCUACCCCCAUCCCAAACCCUUACCCAGUAACCAUUAACAUAUCCAAUAGAACUUUAACACGACUAGAUAUGCUAAUGCUGUGGUUUUGAGCUUUAAAUAUCCAGUAAAGCUGAUGUUCGGGGCCGUUCUCUCUCUCUGCACCUCACUAGAGGGUGCUACUGAGACGGCCUAUUUGCAAAUGAAAUAAACUUUCCUCU